UGCGGAUUUGGCACAACUAGGACCUAAACGCAAUAACCGGCGUACGUCAGGAGCUCAGAACUCGCGAGCGGUAGUUCAGUAACCUACUCGUGAAGGCCAGCUAGCCAGCUUCCUUCAAAAUGACGCAGGCUUGCCGGAGAGAUACGAGAUGUGCUCGCGACCAGACUGGCCCAAAAUGCGGCCCAGUAUGCUCUGCCUUUCCGAAGAGAUGGUGACACACGCUGCAGACGUGCCGCAUAUAUUCGCCGUUCGGCAUACGCCGCCUAAAAAACCGAAAAACCGCCGUUGCUGACCGCGCGCCGUUCCCGCAGGUGAAAAACAUGGCGCGCCUCCUCGCGGCCGUCGCGUUAUUGGCGCCGGCGACGGGCUUCGUCGCGCCCGUCGCGCCGGCGUCGAGCAGCGCGCUGCGCGCCGACGCGUCCGGCAUGGACGGCAUCCAGGCGCCGACGGGCUUCUUCGACCCGCUCGGCCUCUCGAAGAGCGCGUCGGACGAGACGCUCGCGUGGUACCGCGCGGCCGAGAUCAAGCACGGCCGCGUCGCCAUGGCGGCCUUCCUCGGCUGCGUCGUCAACGGCCUCGGCCUCGAGUUCCCGGGCGCCAUCGACGUCAACGGCGACUCCUUCGCGUCGCUCGGCACGACGAAGCUGCCGCUCGAGACGUGGGACUCCAUCCCGGCGUCCGGCCGCAUCCAGAUCAUCACGGCCAUCGGCGGCAUGGAGUGGGUCUUCGAGGCGCAGCAGCCCCACUACCUGCGCGGCGGCACGCCGGGCGCGAUCCGGCUGACGCCGGGCACGGCGCCGUGGCACGCGUCCGGGUAUGACCCCAUGGGCAAGUACGACGCCGAGACGCGGCAGAAGAAGCGCAACAUGGAGCUCGCGAACGGCCGCUUGGCGAUGCUCGGCAUGGCCGGCUUCGUCGCCGCCGAGAAAAUCCCGGGCUCGGUGCCGAUUUUGGCCAAGCUCGGCUUCGCGGGCGACUACGUUCGCACGCGGCGUCCGUUUCAUAUCGAUCUCGAUGCUAUCGACGCGACGUCCGCGCCCUCACUGGUUACCACACGCAGGCCGGCACGAUGCCGGGCAACCCGCUGCCCUCGACGAUGGACCUGUCCAUGGUAUUUUAGACGGCGGGCGAAAAGAGCCUCGGCCAGGGUGACGUAGACGGCGGGCGAAAAAUAGUAGACGACGUGCGUAAAGAAUACUAUAUAUA